UCAACAAAAUCGAGUUUUAAGUCGAGUCGAUUUUGACAAGUCUCCCUUUUCAGACCACGGUCCAACUUCACGGGCCCUGUAGGGAAUCUUGGCGUUUGACAUAGGUGGACAAAGAGACCCAACACAAAAAAAAAAAAACAAAGGAGCACAACAAGGUUGAAGAUUGAUUGUGAAGGCGGGCGGGCGCGAAGGAGGAGAGAGAAAGAGGAGACUCGUGUUGGCUUUGAGGCUGCGAUGCGUGGCUUCUGCUGACAACAAAAAUGGCGACAACAACAACACUCGUCUUCUUCGGAUUCUCAAUUCCUCGAAAAUGGACAACAAUCAGUUUAUUACAUACAUAUAAUCAAAUUCAACAAUCAAUUUUUUGAACCCUCUCAUAAAACCCUAAUCUCAUACCCUCAAUCCAAAAUCAAACAUUGUUGAGGAAAUGGCGGAAGUGAAUAAAGUUCUGUAUAUUGUGGUUAUGGACGGAGAUAACAAUAAAAAUGAGAAAGGGAAGAUGGGGAAGGAGUCGUUUCGAUAUACUCGUUCCGUUUUGCAAAGUACUUUGCAACUCAUGGGUUGCAAAGCUCGCCAUGCUUUCAAGAUUAGCAGAAGGGUUUUCGACAUGGUGAAAAGUCAAAGCUCAAGUGACACAGCAACUAGCAUGGGUCUAUAUGGAGCCGAUUUAUCUUAUGUAGGACCAAAGGUUCAAGAACUCCCAUCUAUUGGUAGUCGUCUGGUUAAAGCUCAGGUGAACAAUAAUUUUGUUAUAGAGAAGGAUGGUGCAACUAAAAGUUUGUCAUCAGAGUUGUACAAAAAGCGCACAACAGUGUUCAUUAGGAGAGACAAAUUCUUGGAUAUUGUAUGUGAUGGUCUAUCCGACUAUAAAUACAUGGGCCCCAAUCAAAGGGAAGAUUUGAUCUUGGCUUGCAGAAUCCGUGAGAGGAAGGAAUCUGUGACUAUUCUGUUGUGUGGCACUAGUGGCUGUGGAAAAUCUACAUUGUCGUCCUUGCUGGGAAGCAGACUGGGAAUCACUACUGUUAUAUCAACAGAUUCCAUACGACACAUGAUGAGGAGUUUUGUGGAUGAAAAAGAAAACCCAUUGCUGUGGGCUUCAACCUAUCAUGCAGGGGAAUGCUUGGAUCCUGUUGCUGUUGCAGAAGCAAAGGCUAAAAGGAAGGCCAAGAAGAAGGCUGGGAGUACACCAUUUCCAAAGGAUGUACUGUCUGAUAAUGUUCCUAACGGAAAAACUGAUCAUCAAAUUCCAGAGGUGGGCUCAACCAAUUCUGAUCUGAUCAGUCCAAAACAAAUGGCAGUCGAGGGGUUUAAGGCUCAGAGUGAAAUGGUCAUAGAGAGUCUUGAUCGUCUGGUUACUGCUUGGGAAGAAAGGAAAGAGUCAGUUAUUGUUGAAGGGGUGCACUUGAGUCUUAACUUCGUGAUGGGGCUUAUGAAGAAACAUCCUUCAAUUAUACCGUUCAUGAUAUACAUUACUAACGAAGAUAAACACUUGGAAAGGUUUGCAGUGCGUGCAAAGUACAUGACCUUGGAUCCUACAAAAAAUAAAUAUGUUAAGUACAUUAGAAACAUUAGAACAAUACAAGAAUACUUAUGCAAUAGAGCUGACAAACAUCUUGUCCCGAAGAUCAACAAUACUAACGUAGACAAAAGUGUAGCAGCAAUCCAUGCCACAGUGUUCAGCUGUUUACGAAGGCGUGAAGCUGGAGAGCAGCUGUAUGACCCUACCACUAAUACAGUAAAUGCUGUUUUUGAGGAAUUCAGGAAUCAAUGUGCAGCAGAUUCUCUGAGCUCCAAAGGAAUGUUUCAACUAAUUCAAAGGCAGGGGUCAUCAAGACAUUUGAUGGCUCUUCUUAACGAUGACGGCUCUGUUGCAAAGGCUUGGCCGGUUAAAUCUGUUGGUAGUAAUGGCCAUCCUGCUUUGGGGCGUGUAGCUGACACUGAGAUAGGAACACCAAUGUAUGGCCCGCUGAAAAUUGGUAAGGCAGAACCUGUAAAUCUUCAGUUCGGCCAUUUUGGUUUAAGUGCUUGGCCCAAUGAUACUGAGGGCACAAGCCAUGCUGGCAGUGUUGAUGAGUUUAAAGCUGAGUGCAAUGGUACUGAAACUGGCAGUAAAUAUUAUUCUUCCUGCUGCAGCUCACCCCGUAUGUCUGACGGACCAGCUAAGGAGUUGAAGGAAGAGCUCUCGGUAUCUGGCAGUGAUGAAGAGGUUGAUGACCCGCCUGAGGUGGAUAGCGAUGAGGACUUGAGUGAUGGUGACAAACAUACUCAAGAAGAGGUUGAAGGUUCAGUUGAUGAGGAAUCCACCAAGUCAGAUGAAGAGUAUGAUGAUCUAGCUAUGCAGGACGAUCAAGAAUAUGGCUACUGUUCGGACAAUGAUGACGAUGACUUGAAAGAAAAUCCACUCCUUGGCUCGGGUAAUCUGUCAACUGUGGUGAAUAAUAACAAGAGAGACAACUACAAGUACCCACCAACUCUUGACAUGUUUUUGAGGACUAAAAGUGAACCUUUAUCUGAGACAUUCUGCCCCUAUUCUCCUGUGGUUGCUAAGAGUGAUAAGAAGACUCCUCCAGGCAGUAGUAGGAUGAAGAAGCGCUCCCUCAGCAUUCCAGUUACUGGAAAGCGCGGGAACGCAGCUGAUGCCACCAUUUAACCCUGCAAUUUUCAAUUGGUUAUCCUUUUUUAGAUCAGAAGAUUCGUUUCUUUUUCUCGUUGAAUGGUUUUUUGGUUCCUUAAAUGACAGGAUUUCUUACCCUUUCUCCUGUUGGGGACAUGUAGAAUUGUAUUUGUAUCUCUUGAUCGUGCCCUUGAUUGUAUAGUGGAUGGUGGUUGUACGUUGUAGGCUGUGAUAUUUUGUUUUGCCCUUGUUUUUGGUUGUUCAUAAUUGUAGUUAUGUAGGUGUGAAAUUGUGUUAGAUGGUUGGUUUUCUGAAAUUGCUGUAUCUGAAUAAUGAAAUUUCAUUCCACUGCAGCACUUGUUUUCUUUCUUUA